AUAGACCGGUCGUUCGGGAUAGGCUGUUCGGAUAGACCGGUCGUUCGGGAUAGGCUGUUCGUUCACCGCAGCGCCACCGAACAACUGCGGCGAUAAACAAAUGCAACACAUUCGGUUGAGAGAAGGGUCGUUUUUAAUGUGUUGAGUUAACUAUAAGGAGAAAGACAUGACUGAAUUAAGGAUGAGAGGAAGAGGAGCGGAACCCGACAGCGUUAGUGGAAACAAGGAGGCAGCUGGAGAGGACAGAUUGGGUCUGGCUGGAGGAGAGGGAGAUGGAGACCGAGAGUCUAACGCAGGCACUCCAGAAGUUCCUCCCUCCACAAUAGACAACACUCCACAGUUCCUCAACAAGGCUGUGGAGGGCCUCAACCCCAGAUGGAAGAACUGGUGGAUCCGAGGGGUUCUGUCUCUGGCCAUGAUUUCAGGAUUCUUUAUGGUCAUCUACCUGGGACCCAUCAUGCUCAUAUUAGUGGUGAUGACCAUCCAGAUCAAGUGUUUUCAGGAGAUCAUAGAUAUCGGCUACAGAGUCUACCAUUCCUACGAGCUUCCCUGGUUCAGGACACUCAGCUGGUACUUCCUGAUUUGUGUGAAUUAUUUCUUCUACGGUGAGACGUUGGCGGAGUACUUUGGUGCGUUGGUUCAGAGAGAGGAUUCACUCCAGUUCCUGGUCCGAUACCACCGCUUCAUCUCCUUCACUCUCUACCUGGCAGGUUUCUGCAUGUUUGUUCUGAGUCUAGUGAAGAAACAUUACCGCCUGCAGUUUUAUAUGUUUGCGUGGACCCAUGUAACCCUCCUGAUCGUGGUUACACAGUCUCACCUAGUCAUUCAGAACCUGUUUGAAGGAAUGAUCUGGUUCAUCGUCCCCAUCUCCAUAGUGAUAUGCAAUGACAUAAUGGCCUACCUGUUUGGUUUCUUCUUUGGCAGAACGCCACUCAUUAAGCUGUCUCCUAAGAAGACGUGGGAGGGGUUUAUAGGAGGCUUCUUCGGGACCCUGGUCUGUGGCUUCAUACUGGCCUACCUGCUAGCUCAGUUCCAGUACUUUGUAUGUCCUGUGGAGUACAACAGCGAGACCAACCGUUUCACCGCGGACUGUGAACCCUCUGACAUCUUUGUGAUGCAACAGUACACAUUUCCCUUCGCUGUCCAGAACGUCCUCACAUGGAAAACGGUGAACCUGUACCCGUAUCAGAUCCACAGUGUGGUGCUCUCCACCUUCGCCUCUCUGAUUGGUCCCUUUGGAGGAUUCUUCGCCAGCGGCUUCAAGCGAGCGUUCCAGAUCAAAGACUUUGCAGACACCAUCCCUGGUCACGGGGGCAUCAUGGAUCGCUUUGACUGUCAGUAUCUGAUGGCUACAUUCACUCACGUUUACAUAGCCAGCUUCAUCAGAGGUCCCAACCCCAGCAAGGUGUUACAGCAGCUGUUGGUCCUGCAGCCAGAGCAGCAGCUCAGUAUAUUCAACGCCAUGAGAGACCGCCUGAGAGACAGGGGAAUACUGCCCCCUGUUGCCAUGUAGUACACACACACACACACACACACACACACACACACACACACACACAGAGAGAGAGUGUGUCCGAGAGAAAUUUUAUUUUGGCUGCUUGUGUGUUACUAGAUUUACACAUCUAGUUUUUCUGGAUCUAUGUCAUGUAAUGCGAGAGGGGGAAAAAAUGGCACCGCAGCCAUUUUGGGACGGGGUGUAGAUGACCACACACGGCAAUCAUCUUUUUUUGGUGAUUUUCUACCUUCUUCCAGAAACUCUUCUGAACAACGACUGUUUUGUUUUUCUUGUUCUUUUAACCAGUCCUCAUUACUGUGAACUAAGGUGUUGCUCCCAACAACAAGACGUUACCUUUUACAAAUAACAACAAAACUUUCGCGACUUUACAUGUACCACUGGGACCUGCACGAGCACCUGCACCUGCACCAACAAACUACAGUAAGCCAAUGUAAUGCUACCAUGCUAACUAGCGGCAGCAACAUUUUAAAGACUAAAGGCUGCGUUGCUCUGAAGAAACAACGAUCCUAGUUAAGAACGCAUGUGGUUUGUAUCAUAGCGUACUGUAGGGGACAGUGACUGGCGGUCACCCUGUGGAUGGAUGGAGAUUAUUACAGUGAUUUUAUCCGAACUGAAGGAAGACACAGGGCAGGAUACCAGUUUAUCCUGGGUUGGUGUUGGCUUGGAGCAACAGCAGGGUCUUAUUCACUAGAAGAAAAACGGACCGGAACAGGGAGGUACUGACCUGAAUUUGUCCAAUUUAGAAACGUCUGUUUUCUGUUGCAUAAUGUUUUGCUAAAGUGUGCACUAAUGAACUUUUUUUGGGCGCUGCCCUAAUAUGUUGAAGAUACUAAACACACUUGACUUGGGCACGGUGUUUAUUUAAUGAUAGUAUGUAUCUGUCUAUAUCAGAGAUGAUGGUCUUCACGUCAACGUGACGUAUACGACAAUAAUACGAUCUAAAACGUUUAAGCAUGUUCCUAAGUCCUAUCGUUCAUUACAACUGAAAUAAGCUAUUUUUCUUCUGAAGAGGUUUUAGUUUCUAGAUUGAUCUACUGUUAGGUAUUGGAACUUCACCUCGCGCUAUAAUGCACACUACCAUUCAAACGUUUUUCUUUAUCUUUUACUAUCUUCUACAUUGUAGAAUAAUAGUGAAGACAUCAAAACUAUGAAAUAACACAGUAAUCAAAAAUGUGUUAAACAAAUCA